AACAGUGAAGAGGAAUUGCAGUUUCUAAACUGCAGGAACUGAGGCUUGAGAAUGGGGAGGAUGAGGCUAGUUUGGCGAACCGAGGUUAGAUUCAGAUAACUCAUGAAAUCACUGAGGAAUGUUUCCAAACUGUCUUCUAGACCAGUUAAUUUACUCGAGUUGGUGUUUUCUACCAUCACAGAGGCCAGAAGCUACCUAGAAGUUGAAGCCUAAUCCCUGCCCUGCAAAAGUUUAUUUUGUUUAAUUUGUAUUUGCAAAUCCUCCAGUCAUCAAGUGAGUCAGUACUGUGCUAGGUGCAUAAAGCACAUGUGUAGCCCUGCCCUGAUGAGGCUUACAGACUGACUGGGGAGACAGACAUGAGAAAUAAGGAAGGAUGUCUACAUGGAUCUAAAGGACAACACAGAAGUGCCCAGAGAAGAACAUCACAGUGAAACAGAAGACCCUAGUAGGCAAAGAGAUGAUCUGUUGAGAAGGCUAUUUAGUCUUCCUCUUGGCCCAGAUGCCCAUCCAGCCUCCAAGCAAAGACACAGAGGAGAUGGAAGCCGAGGGCGACUCAGCUGCUGAGAUGAAUGGGGAGGAGGAGGAGAGCGAGGAGGAACAGAGCGGCAGCCAGACCGAAUCCGAGGAGGAGAGCUCAGAGAUGGACGAUGAGGACUACGAGCGGCGCCGCAGCGAGUGUGUCAGUGAAAUGCUGGACCUGGAGAAGCAAUUUUCCGAGCUGAAGGAGAAGUUGUUCAGGGAACGGCUGAGUCAACUGCGGGUGCGGCUGGAGGAGGUGGGAGCAGAGAGAGCACCCGAGUACACGGAGCCGCUCGGGGGGCUGCAGCGGAGCCUCAAGAUCCGCAUUCAGGUGGCAGGGAUCUACAAGGGCUUCUGUCUGGAUGUGAUCAGGAACAAGUAUGAGUGUGAGCUGCAGGGAGCCAAGCAGCACCUGGAGAGCGAGAAGCUGCUGCUCUACGACACCCUGCAGGGAGAGCUGCAGGAGCGCAUCCAGAGGCUGGAGGAGGACCGCCAGAGCCUGGACAUCAGCUCCGAGUGGUGGGAUGACAAACUGCACGCCAGAGGCAGCUCGAAGACCUGGGACUCCCUGCCACCCAGCAAGAGGAAGAAGGCGCCUCUGGUUUCUGGCCCUUACAUCGUGUACAUGCUGCAGGAGAUCGACAUCCUGGAGGACUGGACGGCUAUCAAAAAGGCAAGGGCAGCUGUGUCCCCUCAGAAGAGAAAAUCAGAUGGACCUUGACUCUGCUGUUCACAGCCAGGGGGCCCCUUGGAGCAGCCGGCAUCAAACCCAGGAUACGAAUUUUCCCGCUGCAGAAAAGCAGACUGCCAGGCCCUUCAGGUCUGCCAAGCUAGCUCUGGUGCUGCUGCUGGGCCCUCCUCUCCAGCCAUCACCGGUCUGGACUCUUCCUCUGACCCUCCUCAGGGGCCUGUACAGCUUCAGCCUGAAGCUGCCCUAGCCAGGCAAGACUGUCUCCCCUAUCCCCAACCAGCUCUCCCCGCCACAUCCCAAACAUCAGCCUCCUCGGAGCCUUCCCUGACAGAGACCUGCCUGGUCUGAAGCCAAAGCAACAUCCUUUCUGCUGACCUUGGACCUGGCUCCCUAGUCACUGAGCCAGUGAGCUGGGCUCCGCUUUGCAGGAACUCUGAGCCAGAAAUUAUAUUUGGGGGGGCCUGUGUGUCCUGCCUGUUGCUGGAGGUGAGAAGGCAGGCUCCCCAGGUCUUCUCAAGAGGCCUUGGUGCCUGCCUCCCAGGUUUCAGAGAAUGGAAUUAAAGCUUUUCCUAGGGCAUGA